UUUAGCAUCGUAAUUCGUGCAAAAUAUUCGGUUCAAAAGGGUGGCCAUUUACUUGACCUCAAACAGCCAUUAUGAAAUCCGUGAUCAUCCAAGCCGUAAUUCUAGAUUAUUUGUAUUUGCGGUCGGAAAUAUGUGGCAAAUGUUAUUAAAAAUGCCAUAUUAACGAUAUUUUUCAAGUUUUCCUCGAUUUUAAUGGUCAUUUCGACCUUUUCAUAACGGCCCCGCGCCAGAAGCUACCUCGGCGGCGGCCAUCACGGUAGUAUGUGCCAAAGCUUGUGAAGCUGGUUGUGUUAAGUGGAGUGAGUGUUCUGUUGCUCCGUAUUUUUCGCGAUUCUCAUGUGGAAUAUUCGAGAAAAUACGCAGAAACAAGAUACGAUAAUGAAUAUCGCUUAAUAUUAAUAUGCCAUCGCGAAGGAUGGGAUAUUGGUCCGGCCUGACAUCGCUUCGGACCAGUUCUUGAUAGGCCCGGGGGGCGUCAUUCAUUCCGUUAAUUCGUUUGGUUAAGGGUCGGCGCGCCCCAAAGUGUCCCCUCUGACGACCCCCUCUCGGCGAUGCAACAAGUCGAGGCGUCAACUCCUAACAAUACCGGCGGUAGCAAGAUGAACGACACUAAGGACAAGGAGCCGCCGCCGCGGAGCGAACCGCAGACUGAGCCUGUCAACGGGGUGGUACAGCCGCCGACUGUACCGCCCACAGACAGGCCCGGCCGCGUCACCAACCAGCUGCAAUUUUUGCAGAAGACGGUGCUCAAGGCCGUGUGGAAGCAUCAGUUUGCGUGGCCCUUCCAGCAGCCCGUCGACGCGAAGAAACUCAACUUACCGGACUACCACAAAAUCAUAAAACAACCGAUGGACCUGGGAACGAUCAAAAAACGACUGGACAAUAAUUACUAUUGGUCGGGCAAGGAGUGCAUACAGGACUUCAACACGAUGUUCACCAAUUGUUACGUAUACAACAAACCCGGCGAGGACGUAGUUGUCAUGGCCCAGACCUUGGAGAAGGUAUUCCUGACGAAGGUGGCGGACAUGCCCAAGGAGGAGUUCGUCGUCGAAACCCAGGCUAAGGGAUCUAAGGGCAAAAAGGGUAGGACGAGCCUGCCCGGCGUACCUGGUGCCACCCCCGGCCGCGGACGACCGCCCGCCGCUGUCUCCUCCACCGUCGCCAAUCCGGUGGCCACCACUACGGGUACGACAGGGUUGCCGUUAGGUACCGCCGCCCCCGUCACGGUGCCGGGCAGUACAGCUACGACGACGAUAGCGCCGGCGGCCACCACGGUGCCUGCCGCUCCGACCGGUCCCACCGCUUACCCUACCGCCAACUCGAUGGACGCGACGGCGGUGGCGACCGCCGCCGUUAGUUCCGCUGGCGGCGUGCUGGCUACCGCGGUUCUGCCACCGUCUCAACCCGCCAAAUCGAAAAAAGGUGUUAAGAGAAAGGCCGAUACGACUACGCCCGCGACCGCCUACGACUACAACCCGUCCGGCGAGUCGAACUCCUCCUCGUCGGCGAAGAUAUCGAAGCGACGCGAGUCGGGCCGUCAGAUCAAGAAGCCGCUGCGGCCUGAGCUCGACGGUCUCGUCGCGUACCAGACGUCGGGGGCGGCGGUGCCGUCACCCCUCGCGCCGGGAGGCGGGACCGCCGUCGCGCACCACGCCCACGUCCUCAAGUCCAAGGAGAAGCUCACCGAGUCGCUGAAGGCGUGCAACGAGAUCCUCAAGGACCUGUUUUCGAAGAAGCACUGUAAUUACGCGUGGCCGUUCUACAAGCCGGUGGACGCUGAACUGCUCGGCCUCCACGACUACCACGAUAUCAUCAAGAAACCGAUGGACCUCGGCACCGUCAAGCAGAAAAUGGACAACCGGGAGUACCGUACCGCGCAGGACUUUGCGCAGGACGUCCGGCUGAUAUUCACCAACUGCUACAAGUACAACCCGUCGGAUCACGACGUGGUGGCGAUGGCGCGCAAGCUUCAAGACGUUUUCGAAGUCAAGUUCGCGAAAAUACCCGACGAACCGCUGAACAGAUUAAGCAAUAUGGUUCCUAACGAGUCGAGCUCGUCGGGUUCGAGCUCGGAAAGCUCGAGCGACACGGAAGACUCGGAGGAGGAGAGGCGGAACAAGCAGCUGAAGUUGCUGGAGAAAGAGCUCACGGCGAUGCAGGAGAAGAUGCGCAAACUGGUCGAGGAGAGUAGCAAACGGAAGAAGGAGAAGAAAAAGCAGAAAGUGAAGGACAAGCCGAAGAAGGGGGGCACCGGCGCGGCAUCGGGAGCGACCGCGGCCGUCCACCCCAUGCCGAACAGUACCGGUAAGGCGGCCGGGGGCGGCAAACCGGCGGCCCUCGCCGCGGACAGCGCCCUCGACGACGGCGGCGGCGCGGCAGCGGGGGCGGAUUCCAAAGCGGGCGGCGACCAUCACCAUCACCCGCCGCGGGGUUCUGCCUCCGCAGCGCACCACCACCAGCUGUCAUCGGCCGCCGCCGCCAAAACGCCCAAGAACAAAGGUCCGCGGGGGCCGAAACCCGCGACCGCAGCGCCGAACGGCCCGCCUCCGAAACGGGCCAAGGCGAAUAGCAAGGCGGGCGGCGGGCCGGGUCGGAAGAAGGCGCAGGCGCAGCCGGCCCCCGCCGCAUUUGACUCGGAAGACGAGGACAACGCGAAACCGAUGUCGUACGACGAGAAGCGGCAGCUGUCGCUGGACAUCAACAAGCUGCCGGGUGACAAAUUGGGCAGGGUGGUGCACAUAAUACAGUCGCGGGAGCCGUCCCUGCGCGACUCCAACCCCGACGAGAUCGAGAUCGACUUCGAGACGCUGAAGCCGUCGACGUUGCGCGAGCUCGAGAGCUACGUCGCGUCCUGCCUGAGGAAAAAGCCACGUAAGCCCCACUACAAAAAGUUGCCGGGUAAAUCGAAGGAGGAGCAAAUAGCGGAGAAAAAAAAAGAACUUGAGGAUCGACUGCUCGACGUCAACCACAAGAUCGGGCCCAGCAAGAAGGCACCCAAAAAAGAAGAUGGCGGCGGCAACAAGGCAGACCCGACGGGCGCGGGAGCGGGACGCAUGUCGUCGUCAUCGUCCAGCUCCGAUUCGGACAGUUCGUCGUCGUCGUUGUCGAGCAGUUCGAGCGACUCUAGCGACAGCGAAGCAGGUACCACCCCCGCCGCCAGGCAGGUGAAGAAAAAAGUGACGGCGAAAAGUUCGUCGGGCAGCACCGUCGCGCCUCUGCCUCCGACGACCACGUCGCAGCCGCAACAGCAAUCCAAGGCGACCCCCGCGACAUCUGCGAGUACGACGGCGCCGGCGGCGGCUCCUGCCGUCGCAAAACCGUUGCCGGCGGCCGCCCCCGUCGCACCUUCCGUUCACAAAACGGCCAACGACAAGCCGCCGACGAUACCGUCGCCGCUUCCCGCGCAGCCGCCGAACGCGAUAAAGGCGGAAACGGGCGGUCGAGGCGGUCCGUCUCCUGCGCACGAUAGCAAGCCUAAAGUGAGCAACGCGCCGUCGCCAUUGACGUACACGGAUCCGAUAGAGCAGAGUCUGGCCAACCUGGAGCACGAGAUCGUGAAAAACGAGCCUAUGGACAGCAUCAUCGCGAUGACGACGACCAUAGGUCAGAACAAGAUGCAGAUGGCGCCUAUGAGUGCGGUAACAUCCAACAUGCCUCCGCAUCACAUGGCUUUGCCGCCGGGUCCAAUGGCGGGGCUAAUGUCGAUGGGCGGACCGCAGCACCACAACUUGCAUAUGGACCAGGACAUGCAAAGCUUGAUGCACCAGGUGGGCCUGGGUCACCCGCCGCCUCCACAUGCCACAAUCCACGCGCAAAAUAACGGCUACGGCGGCGGCAUUAAACACGAAUACGAGAUGGGGACGAACAACAACGGCAUGUCGACGAUGGGUCUACCCAUGGAACUGUCGAUCCCAUCGAUAUUCGAUCCGUUGCCGCAGCACCUGAACAACAGUAGCGGCGGUCAGAUGAAGAAGGACCCGGGAAUGCUCAAGGUCGAGCAGUCUGACCCGAUGGUCAAUUUUGGACUGGGCGUGGUCGACAAGAAGCCGCCGUCUUCGAUGAUCGCGGAUCCGAAAAUGGCGCAGCAGGCGUUCACCGCGGUCGGUCCGCCGCUCUCCGGCGGAUACAAGGCGAAGCCCGACGUGAAGAACGCGAGCUCGUGGUCGAGCCUAGCCAAGGCGGGCUCGCCCCAGAACAACGCGUCUGGCGCGAGCAGCAAACAGCAGGUCAUGGACAGCUUCAAGGCGUUCCAGAACAAGGCGAAGGAGAAGGCAGACCGGGAGAAGCAACGGCUGGAAACGCUCGAAUUGAAAAGGCAACAGAAGGAGCAGGCGGAAAAGGAGAGGAUGCGGCAAGAAAUGGAGCGGCGACGAGAAGUGGAGGAGCAAGAGGCGUUGGAAAAGGCGAGGAAGGCGGUCGCGGAACGCGAGCAGCAGCAGCAGCAGGCGUUGCCCUCGCAACGGGUCGAAGAGCUCAAGUCGUCGCCGGGAGAGGGCAGCACGUCGCCGGGUUCCCUCAGUUCCGGCUCCGACCGGAUAUCGGACCGGGAAAGGCAGCGUCUGCAGGAGCAAGAGAGGCGGCGACGCGAGGUGAUGGCGAACAAAAUCGACAUGAACAUGCAGAGCGACUUAAUGGCGGCCUUCGAGGGUUCGUUAUAAUGGACUUCUUCAUUGAGGACGGACUGUGCGCGAGGUGUUUGAGACAUAAAGGGUGGGGCGUCUUCGCCGCCGUUGAAACUUUCCAUUAAGAGGGUGUGUAGAUUUUACUCGCAUUGAGACGACGAGAUGUGUAUGUAUAUAAUAGAGAACGAUUAAUAUAAAGAGUACGUGUACAGACGUUUUGAGUUUUUUAGGUUUUAAGACGAGAGGCGCACGGGAGCACGCGUUUGCUAGUUGUUGAUAAUUUUAUAUUAUAUUGUUCGAGAUAGGUACAAACGAUCCAUUCAGAACCAUUACCUCAUUCUUCUUUUGUUUUUGUUUUUUUGAAAUCGUCGACUUUCGGGCGCCGCUCUAUGAUACUCAGUUUUUUUUUUGUUAAGGCCGGGCGUCGAUAAUUUUGGUCUUCCUCCUAUCCCGCCUCCCAUUUCAUCCUCAUCCCGAGGCGGACCCCGCCCACUCCAUUCCUUUCGGCCUGUCGUACAUUUCCCCACAAACGACCUACCUUAAACGUUCUUCCGCGUAGUUAACUACAACUUACCAGGACGGUGUAAAUUAUAAAAGGGCGAGCAAAAGUUUCCUAGCAAUAAGGUACCUACUAUCCAACCGAUCGGGCCGGGGUGUGGUCCGAGAUUCGAGGGGCGUCCCGUCCGUAGCUGGAUCCCUCUCCCCUUGUCGUCGGUCCGCCCGCCGGCCCGACUUGUAAUUAUUGUAUCAUAACGUGUAUUGAUGAUUAUUAUACUGUGUUUUUGGUAUGGAUUUUUGCAUCGACUUCGUUUGCAAAAUUGAAACGAAGGCGCGCGCGCGCACUCACAGACACACACCACACACAAUCAUUCGUAGAUCCUUCUUUUUUUAAAUGUUUUAUUUUGUAGUUACUGUAUUAACGAUUUUUUUUAUUGUUUGGCUGUUAUUAUAUAUUUUUCAAUAACUUUUCAAUUUUAAGUCAGAAAUAGUGAUGUUAGACUAAAUAAAUGAAGAUGUAUUAUAAA